UAGGCAUGUGAAGCUACAUGGCACUAUAAAAAAGAAUACCAGGGCAAGAAGCACCGCACUCCACGCGCACUCAACGCGCGCUUGACAGCUUCUUCGGCCGAACCUAUACACAUGCAUUGGUCUGGAGAAAGCUUACCAAUCCUCCAGGGACAGAGACUACACAUCACCCACGCCUCAAUAUCAAGCAGGGCAGAUGGAUGCAUUUCGUCGGUCGGUCGCGCAGCAAUGCCCCAUGGCUGGAUGGCGAGCCCCACCACAACGACGGGUCCCCCUCUGCCGUAUCACUCACUCGCUCCGUAUCCCAAGAGUCCUCCAAGAAGAAGGUGCAGAAUGCACUACGAAAGUCAGCAAGCAGGAAUCCUCCUUGGCGCUUAUUCUCCGCUGGGAAUACUAAUCCCCGCGCGCGGGGAGAAAGCGGGUAUGGAUGAGAUAGGCCGGGAGAUGGGCGGCUUUGUAGUUGUUUCGCUGAUGCGAUGGGGGGAUUUAGGCUGGGCUGGGACAUGGGGAGGGCUUAGCGAGCGUCGGGCGUCUUCGGAUCGCUGUGCAGUGUCGUCACCACACGACAAGAACUGUCAAGUCCGUCCCCUGUGGAUUGUCAUGUCAUGCUUCGCCUCGCGUGGUGUGCUUGGGAGCGCGCGCGCAAACGCCGGGCUCCGAUCGAGAGCUCUGGAUAAAAGCGCGUGCAUCUCCUGGGCUGGGUUGCCAACGGCUGGGUGCAGCUCUCCUUCCGCCUCGCCUUUCCGCCUCGCCUUUCCGCCUCGCCUUUCCGCCUCGCCUUUCCGCCUCGCCUUUCCGCCUCUUUGACGCCCGUGAUCUUUUGGGAUUUCCGGCGAUCAGCAGACGUGCUUGGGCUGGUUGGCUUUUUACCCUAUAUGGCCCGAGCUGGCCUGCCCUGCGGACCUACCGAAACCGACGUGUUCCUGGCUGCUGUGCCUGGGACGAAACAAAUCUCUUACGCAUCGGCACAUCUGAAACAGCAGACGGGACAGCGCAGCGCGACAAC